AGCGAGUAUCCAGGAAGUAGUCUGGAGUUAUCCGCAGGUCUCCUGUACGGCGCUACUUGUUUUUCUUGAGAGCCUUAAUCAGGGUUGAUACGAAAUGUCGGCCUUCGAUAACAAUCCGUUUGCGGAUCCAGUGGAUGUCAACCCAUUUCAGGAUCCUUCUGUAACGCAGUUAACCAGCUCCAAUAAUGAUAGAAUUGAAGAAUUCAACCCUUUUACAGAAAGUUCGCGUUUGACUAAUCCAGCUCAGACAACUGUUCCAGCUCAAGUGAAUGCUUCGCAACCUGCUGUUUUACAGCCUUCAGUUGAGCCUAGUGCAAAGGCUAAGGUUACAGCUGGACAAACUAACCUACUUAAGCAACAAGAAGAGCUGGAAAGAAAGGCAGCAGAGUUAGACCGCAAAGAAAGGGAGUUGCAAGCAAAGGAAGUUCCUAUUUCAUCAUCCUCAUCCAAAGAAAAUAACUGGCCCCCUUUGCCAAGAAAUUGUCCGGUUAAGCCUUGCUUCUAUCAAGACUUCAAUGAAGAAAUACCAGUAGACUUUCAGAGGACAUGCAAAAUGAUGUACUAUCUUUGGAUGUUACAUACAGUCACAUUGUUCCUCAACUUGCUGGCAUGCUUGGCAUUGUUCAUAGUUAAGGCUGAAAAAGGAGUGGAUUUUGGUUUGUCCAUUUUGUGGUUUAUCCUCUUCACCCCUUGCGCUUUUCUCUGUUGGUACAGACCUGUUUACAAAGCUUUUAGGUCAGACAGCUCCUUCAAUUUUUUUUUCUUCUUCUUUGUGUUUUUCUUCCAAGUUGUUGUAUAUGUGAUACAAGCUGUUGGAAUCCCAAACUGGGGUAACAGUGGCUGGAUAUCUGCUUUAUCUGUGAUAAAUGACAACCUGGCUGUUACCAUAAUUAUGAUAAUUGUGGCUAUUUUCUUCACCACUUGUGGAGUUUUAUCAAUCAUCCUACUGAAAACAGUUCAUUCCAAAUAUAGACGUACAGGUGCCAGCUUCCAGAAGGCCCAGGAGGAGUUCUCCCAUGACGUGCUUUCAAACAGAAGCUUUCAGCGUGCUGCAUCUAGUGCUGCCUCUUCUGCUGCCCAGGGCGCCUUCCAAGGAAAUUAGUGUGGAAGAAAAAUGGGGAAAUUGUCAGAUCUGUCAGAUAACUUUAUUACUGAGAAGUUGCACUUUCAGAUUAUUACAAUUUCAUGUAUGGUGUGCUUACUGUACCUGUUGGUUUAAUACACGUUUGACUGAGUUUAAUGUUAACAUAACCCUGUUAUGAUCAGGCCACAUACAUUAGUCUGUGAAAGAAAAGUUUUCUUUAUAAAUCAAAAAUUCCAUAAGAUCAUGAGGACUCAAUCAAGCAGAUAUGACUCAUGAGAGUCCAAAUAUGUUCUUUUACCCCCGAGUAACACUCCUUAUUCUGAUCAGUGUAAAAUUCUGUAUUUAUAUCCUUUUUCUUGUAUUUUGCUUUUUUCUCUCUCUCUCUCUUUUAUACAAAUCAGACCAAGUUAAAUUUUCAUCUUUGUUCACUUUUUAAUUAUUUGAAGAGUAUUGAAGCUUUCAAACUAGGAAGAGCUUGGUUCUUACACUGGGUUUUUUAUUAAACGGCCAGCCUUCCACAGUUUCAUAGACCUGCAAGUUCCAGUAAUAAAUGAAACUUUCCUUUAAAGGUUUGGCUGUUCUUUGGUUCACUAAGCUGCCGUUUCUCACUAAGUACUAAGUGACAUUGAGAACAAAUAGGAAAAUCCUUAUUUUGAUCAAUUUGGAAAUGAUGUCUUCUUCUCCAAAUGUAUUUUUGUAUGAGAUCUACAACUGUGAUGCUUUUGUAAAAGUUCCCAUUUUAUACCAAAGGGAAAUAUCUUGAGGAUUAUUACAGAUUUAUCAGCAUGUGUUAAUAAACUAAAACUAAAGUAUUAUAUUUCUUUUAAAAUAAUUGCCAGCUUGUCAAGUAUCAUCUUGUACUGUAAUGAAGGAUUUUUUGAAUGUAUGUACUUUAGCUACUAUUGCCUUAAAAUAUAGAAUAAAAGACUAGCUUUAGUGUAUUUUGACCAACAAAUGCUAUUAUUUAUUAUAGUCCCAUUUUCACAUCUAAAAUUAAACCAGCAUCUGCAGUUGCAUUUCUGAAAGGUUCAUUGCCAGCAUAUUUCUGAUACUUAAAAUUUGUAAUAAUUCUGUUUGUUACACUGAGUAUUCAAUUUCUGAUCAUCACACAUUACAGUCGUUUAAUUCUUUUGGUAUGCAAAGUCGGGAAAGGUUCUACUCCUAGAAAAACGUCGUCUUCACCCAUGAAUUCAUUACAGGAGUUGCUCUGGAGCACACAAACACGGCUUUACAUGCGUGUAGUGUUUGUGAUUUGUUUUUUCACCAAUUGCUUAAUGCAAAUUUCGGCACAUAUAAGAAAGCAGCCUUAGAAUAUUAAGAAAUACACUUUACACAAUGAGAAAAGAAAAAUCUAAUCUCUUCAGAUUUUUAGUUUAUUCAAAGAAGACGAAGCAUUUAAUUAAUGCUGCACAUUAGACUUGAAAUUAAGAGAAACUUUUUCAAGUUGUAAAUAUAAUUUCCAAUCCUAGAAGCAAAAUCUAUCAUUUUUAAAGAAUGUAUUCGGUGAAGGAUUUUUGCUGAUCCCAUAUUCUUGUACAGCGAAUGCAUCAUUUUUUCUAACUGAUUAUAAUAAUAUUAUACGUAACUCAGGUUUUGCGAUAAUUGUGCCUUCAGUAAUGUUGUUAAUUGGAAAGGUUACAUACUUUUUCCUUCUUUGGAGGAAAUGCUCUCACACUGGAGUCAACCUUGUGAAAAGUUUUUAGCUGCAAAACAAUCUUGAUACUGAGCAGCAGCAGCCUAGUAGGAGUUCUUCAUUCUGCUGCAGGCCUUCUUGGCUUGAGGACAAAUGAAGUAAAUAAAGACAUGUAAUCAUUUUAUUUAAAAAUGUUUAACUGCCUUAAGGUAAAAUGGUAGUAUUGUGCUGGGAAAAUAUGUAUGAACAAAUUUUGUUUGUUGUUUAGGCUGAGAUUUCAUCUUUUUGUAUCCACACACUGCAUCUUUAACGUCUCUUAUGUCUUAAAAAUGUGUUUUUGGUUUGUGUUUUCUUAGCUGUAGUACAAGGUCCUUGGCAUAUGGGAAUAACUCUUGGCAUUGUUUAAAUAUGUAUAAUUAUUGAUUUAAUGAUAAUAGUUCUUAUCUGUAUAAGGGUUAUUUUACAUUUUAGUAUACUGGGUAUUUUCUUGCUGUAAUUUAAAACUGUAAAUUAAAUGUUAAUUAAAUCAAUGUUGUAAAGAAAAAAUAUGAAA